GCUCUGAUCCCCCUCGCCGGGAUUGGCCUCGGCGCUAGCUGGCGCCCGUGGGCGUGCUUCUCCGACGCCAGCAUGUGGGGCUACGCUGUGGCCACGUCGCACUUCAACGCCAACGAGCUGCGGGGCAUCGGGCGGGGCGACCCCCUGGGCACCGAGGUCGCCGUGCGGGUCAGCCUCUCCGCGGCCGGCGACGACGACGCCGCUUUCGCGGGACUGGGCCAACCGCCUCUUGGGCGUGGCACCGAGCGGCGCCGACGCGUUGGGGGGAUUGACUACGGGGCCAUCGCGGCCGCGGCUUGCCGCGGCGGUAUUCUGGCCCUUCCCGAUUCGGCCCUCGCCGCGCAUCGGUGGCAGCUGGUCGUCCGCGGCGCCUUUCUCUUCGCGGCGCCCGUCCAC